AUGGGUGAUUCGAAUACUUCACUUUCAACGGACAGCUCACGCGAUUCAAAAGACGAGGGUGUCCUUGCUAGCGUGAAGCAUCAACUCGAUUCGGUAACGGGCGGGGCAGCAAUUGCAGAGAUCCAGCAAAAUAUCCCAACAGUCGCUGAAGAAAAGGUCAAUGCCUUGAAAGAGACCGUCAUCAACGAUGUUGUACCGGCAACGGGCGAGGCGCUCCAAUCUGCACAAGAGAGCAUUCGUGCCCUUGCAGAGAAGGUAAUGACAGGGCAUGAAGCUCAAGGGGGAAAGGAAAUGGAUCCAUCACACCCGGACUACCAAAUUAUCGACCAGAUGGAUGACGAGAAGAUUUGUGAUUUCUUGAGAGACAAGCAUAGAAGCACGGCGCCACCUCCAUCGAAGAAUUGA